AUGACGGACGAGGUUCAAAUGUCGAGGCAUAUUAUUGUCAAUGGCCUCCCAAACAACGUGACGCCCGAGAAGCGUGUGCUCUUCUUGCGACACAUGACGAAGAAGGUGACGGAGGUUCUCGGCCACGAGAACUUCACUAUUCACUUAGUCCUGGACGAGACCACAGGCCUCGUGACGGGUGCGUUUCUUUCCUUUGGCACCGUUUCCAACGCCGAGGAUGCCCUGGCACGACUCAAUCUGUACCGAUUCACAAAGACAGAUGUUCUCACAACGUACCGAUGGUCUUCCUUACAGGCGGCAGGCGGACCAAAGGAGGAGUACCACCCGCCUGAGCUGGCGGACGACGUGGACGCCGAUCUCGCACACACCAUGAGCGAGGACGUCAUGGCGCGGCCACAGUUCUUUAUUAAGCAAGGGGAGUCCUUUGACGUGGAAUGGUAUUGGUUUAAUUACAUGACCCUCAAGGAGGAGUUGUACCGAAAGCCACGCGCACUAAAGACUGAUUCGCUGGGUCAAUGGACAGAAAUGGAGCGGCGGCAAAAGAAGCUUGGGGCCGGGCUCGUCUACGGCCCCCUGACGGCGGUGCGUCCGAUGCCGGCGUGGUCGACCUUUGGCCGCAUGAUCAUCUCACAGCACACAAGUGGCCUGAAGUUGUGGGGUGGACGGCAGAUGAAUCUGCUGUUCGAGGUGCCGGAGCUUGACAUCACGGCGUUCCUGGUGUCACCCCAGGAGAAGUACCUUGUAGUGAAGACCCUGAACGAUGUGAGCGUGUGGGAUAUCCGUACGGCAAAAAAGAUUCGCACACUCGGCGGUCUCGAUCUUGUGGACACCGAAAAGUGGCCCAUUACUCGCUUCAGUGCGGGGGAUUCACUUGUUGCCAUCUCGCACGCUAGCCUGGAGCCUGGCGCCCCUGGUAAACUCUUCAUUUACCGUGCCGAGACGAUGCGAGUGCUGCAGGCCGCCGCCACCACGACGCCGAUGUCGCACACAUUCUCCGUCCCCGGUCUGAAAACGGUGGAGUGGAAUCCGGCCGUGGAAACACAAAUGGCCGUCGUCAUGGAGCUCGGCGCCAAUCAAGGGUGGAAGGUUACCAUUCAAGACAUCGUGGUGGAGGACAACCUCGUGCGUGAGGAGAUCAUUGCGCAGCGAAACUUUUUACAGGCGGAGAGGCUAGACCUCCUCUGGCACCCGCAGGGCACCCACCUUGUCGUCAAAAUCACCAAAUUACGCUCCACCGAGUACGCCCUGUUUGUUAUUGGCGCGAAGAGCGCCGCUGUGCUGCAGCUGCAGGUGGAAAGAGGCCUUUCUGCCGGUCGUUUUGCGUGGCAGCCGUCUGGCCCGCACUUCGCCGUCAUCUUCGACGACACUUCCAAGACGGGGGACAUUGGCUCGACGUCCGAGAUGCGUAUUUACAACAUUAAAAAGCAACUGAAGCUGCUCGGACGUUAUGUGACGAGUGCGACGCAUCUCUUCUGGGCCCCGCGUGGUGCCCGCGUGGUCGCCACGAACUACAACAAGUCCAUCCUGCACUUCUACGGCAUCAAUGACAACGGCAUGGUGGUUCAGCUGGAGAAGCACUCGGUGCCUGUGACGGACACGGCGUGGGACCCCACAGGCCGCUUCUACGCCUCCUGGGUGUCGGCACUGAAGAGCUCCGCCGACAACCAGUUCCGUAUCUUUGACCUAAACGGCAGAGAGUUGAUGAGCAAGCAGGUGCGUCAGCUGUCACACUUAUCGUGGCGGCCCCUAGCACCGCCGGUGCUGACGGCGGAGGAGGUGAAGAACGUGCGCGACCACCUGAGCGAGUACAGCCAGCGGUACGAACGGGAGUUGAAGGAGCAGAAGGAGCGAGAGGAAGCCGAGAUGCGGCGGGUCCUCCAGGAGAAGCAGGAGAAGUACAUUAAGCGCAUGCGGGAUAUCGCACGGUAUCACCGUGAUAAGGAACUGGGGACGCAGCGCGCGGAACUCAUCGCGUCGUCGCCCUGGAGCCGGUUGUGGGCACGACGUAUGAAGUCGCUUCCACCGGAGGAGACGAUCAUGCACGAAGACGUCACCGAAGAGCGCAUUGUGCAGCGCCGUGCCCUCAACUAA